CCAGUGGACGCCGGUGCCCACGCUGGGGAGCCCAGCAGGGGCACCGCCGGCGCGGGCAUGGAGCAGGGCACCGCUCCGCUGCUGCCGGGGCCCGGGCCCGCCGCGCUCAACGACGGCGGCGUGCGGCGCAAGCUGCUGGUCUCCCACUGCGUCACCAGGCCCUGCCGCGGCCACGGUCGGGGAAGCGUGGGGCUCGAGUGCGCCGGAGCCUCGGGCUCGCCGACGUCAUUUGAGUACUUAUGGGCCGGUCCCGGAUUUGGGCGGUCCGGUUUUCGUGUGGUACGUUUGCAGCGGGAGCUCGCGUCAAAUUCCAGACUGGGUCUCGAGGAGGAGGCCGCAUCACAAGCAUGA